AUGGGUAUCAGGAGAUUAGUUAGUGGUAUUACGCGACCCAUAAUUAAUAAAGUUAACCCAUCUGGUCACUACUCGAGAGUACUCGCUUCUCGUGAAGACCAGGAUAAAGCUUCCUCCAAAUAUAAAAACAAUGAUAAGACAGCCAAAAAACCAUACACAUACCGCCUUUUCUCUAUUCUUGGCAUUUUAUGCAUUUGCUCGCUUUUAUUGAUAUCGUUACUCAAACCUUUUAACGGUGCAGAUGCUCCUCAGUGUAAGUCUAUUUAUAUGUAUCCAUCCUACGCAAGGAUCGAUGGAUUUGACGAAAGGUAUACACCAUUGGCACACAAGUAUCAUCUUUACUUAUAUCGAGAACAAGGCGUAGACCGAGGACCUUUAAAUGGUGACGAGUUGCAACUUGAUGGUAUCCCUGUACUUUUCAUACCCGGAAAUGCAGGCUCUUUUAGGCAAUCUAGAUCAAUUGCUUCCGCUUGUUCCAACUUAUACUUUGAUUUUGAUACCAGGGCAACUUUGAGUAACGAAAACGUGCAGAAUUUGGACUUCUUUACGGCAGAUUUCAAUGAAGACUUCACCGCAUUUCAUGGUAAAACAAUGCUUGAUCAAGCUGAAUACCUAAAUGACGCGAUCAGGUACAUCUUAUCUCUUUACGAAAGGACUCCUGAUUACCCACAUCCAAUUCCACAGUCAGUCAUUAUCGUGGGACAUUCCAUGGGCGGUAUUGUAUCGAGGGUCAUGCUAACUUUAAAGAACCACAUACCAGGAAGUAUAUGCACUAUAUUGACUUUAUCCUCACCUCAUGCUGCUUCACCAGUAACUUUUGAUGGUGACAUUCUAAAACUUUACAAAAAUACAAACGAAUACUGGAGGGAUCAGUUAUCCCAAAACGAUUCUUUUUUCUCAAAGAAUAUUUCACUGGUUUCCAUUACAGGUGGUAUAUUGGAUACUACUUUACCUGCAGAUUAUGCAUCCGUAGAGGAUUUGGUUAGUUUAGACAACGGGUUCACGAGCUUCACAACUACUAUUCCAGAUGUUUGGACUCCAAUUGAUCAUUUGGCCAUUGUUUGGUGUAAACAAUUAAGAGAAGUGCUAGCGCGCCUAUUAUUGGAAAGUGUAGAUGCCUCCAAGCCUGAAAAAGUUAAGCCAUUGGAUCAGAGAUUACAAACUGCAAGAAAACUAUUGCUUUCGGGGUUCGAAGACUACUCAUUGGUGAAUAGUAAGUUGAAUUAUCCUCAAGAAAACUUACAAGAAUUUAGUGACAACUUCUUUUCUGAUUACUCCACUUUGGAAACGAACGACGUUCUAGAUAUUGCAAUGUUUAGCCUUGAAAAGUGGCACAAUAAUUAUACAAAAAUAAAUAUUCCAAGUAACAUCUCCUCCACGGAGCACCUGCAUUUCACGUUGUUAACUAGCCUAGAUAUGCCCAUGAUCUAUUUCUGUAAAGAUUCCAUGAACCUAAGUUGCACAACAGCUGCUGAUAGUAUUCUAACAGUGCCCAGGUCUUCAAAAGAUACUCAAUUCGCAGCUAAUUCUUCUUUUGGAGAGGGAAAAAAUCCGUUUAAGGCUGUUAGUAUUGGCAAAAACAUACUACAGAGGUAUGACUACCUAAUAAUAAGCAAACCUACUUACGGUGAGUUUUCUGAACAAGAAGAUAUGGGGGAAAAUCAAGGUUUUCUUUUGGCGUUGUUGUGCAACACAUCCAACGUCCAAGUUACCAAAACUACACCUUCUCAAAUAUUGCUCUUUGGAGAAAAACUGCACUUGAAUGGGAAAGAUAUUGAGCAAGUUAUAAGUUUCGAUAACUUGUGGGAUUCUUUACUAUCGUAUAAAUUGGAAACGAAGAUUGACACAGGCAACGGAAGCGUAGCGGCCGACGAGGCAUUGUUUCAACCUUUCAUAAGGCAAUGGGUUCACGAACCAUUCGAGACUAAAUGGCAUUUAAAUAUUCUGAACAACAGCCUCGAUAUAAAUAUGCACAACGUAGCACCGUUUAUCCCAUUAAAUGAAAGCGAACCAAGAUCACUACAAUUAAGUUUUUUUGUUCCACCGGGAAUGUCUCUGGAGGCAAAAAUGACCAUUAAUUGGUCUUUGACUUUAAAAAUGCUUUUUAUCAGAUACAGAUUAGCACUUGCAUCUUUUCCGGUCGCGUUUAUUGCACUCAUCUUGGCAUAUCAGUUUUACUGGUACAAUAAGACAUCUGAAUUUCCUUCCUUUGACAGCACUCUAGGCUACAUUUUGAAAAAGCAUGGAGUAUUCAUGUUUUUUACACUUUUCUUAGCUUCGCCCACAGUUAAUAAUAAGUUGGUACAACGAAUACUUUAUUUCUUGGAUCCCGUCGGUUUGAAUUAUCCAUUUCUGCUAUCCAAAAGACACAUGCAUGCAAAUUUUUAUUAUUUGGGGAUUAGAGAUUGGUUUAUGUCAACUAUUGGAAUACUCUUUGGGAUUAUGACAGUUGGGUUACUGGCGCUAGUUUCUAGGGUUUUUGGAUCUUUGGAAACAUUAGUAACUUUCUUUCAACGGAAACUAUCAAACGGAAGCACUGAAAGUAAAGAGUCUUUUGAUACAAUUGAACCUAAAGUGUAUGGUAAGGAAAGAUUAAUGGCAUCGAUGCUUUUAUUACUGUUGAUAUUUCUUUACAUACCGUACCAGAUGGCGUUUGUUAUCACAUUAAUAAUCCAAAUCGCUACCUGCAUUAGAAUAGCGCUAUUACAAGUAUCAAACUGCGAGCAAAAAACGAACUUGCGAAAUUAUAAUAUGACGUUGCUCAUGCUUUUACUGUUUGUUAGUGCCAUUAACAUUCCUAUCAUUAUUGUUUUCUUGCAUAACGUUGCCAUUAAAUGGGAAACUUCAUUCAGGUCCCAUCAUAAUAUCCUAGCAGUAGCACCAAUUAUUUUUUUGGUUGGAAAUAAUUCGGUUUUCAAGAUGCCAAAGAGCACACCAAUAGGCUCGUUAGAUGGUACAAUCACGGUCAUUUUAUUCGUGUACCUAACGGUUUUCAGCUUCAUUUAUGGAAUAAGAAACUUGUACUGGAUACACCAUCUGGUAAAUAUAAUAUGUGCCUGGUUGCUAUUCUUCGAAUCAAUUCAUUAG